UAAGAAACUUAUCCUAAUUCUCCUUCUCCUACCUUGAUUCUCUAUUCAUAUCUGAAGUUUCCUCUCUCUCUCUCUCUCGGAAAUGACAGCACGGGUGAGUAGUUCAUUGGAACAAUCCCAGAACAAUAUUCAUACUGGGAAUUCUGGGAUUUUGGUUACCAAAGAUUUGCUGGGAAAUCUGUCAAAAGCUAAAGCAGAUCUUGAAUUUGAGGCAGGGGGGAAUAGAGGCACAAAAGUGCAGUUCGUCAUCACCAAAGUCGCCAUUAUCAGAUGGGAAAACCAAGAAUCCAUUGACGGAUUUCCUAAAAGAUUCGAAGCUUCAAGACUUGAACUUUCCACCAAUCAACCUGUUCGACGAAAUGACAACUUCACUCGACUUGAAGCUCCAAUCUGUUCGACCCAAAGCCUUUACCAAAGCGUCUGCACACUGGACAAGGUCAAAUACGCCCUGGAAAGAGCAGAAAAAGGAACCAUGAAAAAACGUUCAUCUUCACCACUGCCGUCACCGCCGCCGCUUACGGCGAAGACGACGUCUUUUCUGACGACGCCGAGAAUGUUUGCAGCUGCAUGUCCCGGUUGCUUGCUGUAUGUCAUAGCUUCCAAUACGAAUCCAAGGUGUCCUCGCUGUAAUUCUUUUGUUCCAUCUUCUUCACUGCCUAUGAAGAAGCCUAGGCUUGACCUCAAUGCAUCAUUUUAAUCUUUUUUUAAUAAAAAAUGUAUAAUUAUUGAUUCAUGUAAAUUG